AAGACUUCUUCAUAUUUAUAUAAAUAUAUAUGUUCAUAUAUAUUUAAUCUGGUUGAUUUAGUGGAUUAUGUUGGUGCGGGUCUCCAUGAGCAUUUGCCUGUUUUUGUCCUGCGCGCUGCUGGAUCUGGUGCGUUCGGCGCAGAGCCCAAUGUGUGACCUGAUUCUGGAGAUAGACAAGGAGAGAGCCAUGUGUCGAGCUCAGGUCGAGAACAACACGACAGGCUGCAACAUCACUUGGGACAAGAUCGCCUGCUGGCCCUCUGCCGACGUCGGAGAGGUGGUCACCAUCCCGUGCCCCAAGUAUCUCUUCUACUUCGCCAGCAAUGCUCUCCCUCGCAACCUGUCAAAGACCUGCACCGUGCAGGGCUGGCCCCCCAGCAGCCUGGACUCCUACAUAAUGGACUGCGGCUACAAUCCCAACAACACCGCGGAGGAGAAUUCGGGAGAUUUUUACAUCACCGUCAAAGUUGGCUACACAAUCGGUCACAGCGUUUCCCUUAUUUCUCUGAUGGUUGCCAUCACCGCACUCUGUUUCUUUCGGAAACUUCGCUGCACAAGAAACUACAUCCACAUGCAUCUGUUUGUAUCUCUCAUCCUCAAAGCCGUCACUGUCUUUAUAAAGGACGUGGUUCUGUACGAGGUCGGCGAGACGGAGAACUGCCAAGCACCGGUGGGCUGCAAGGCAGUAGUGGUCUUGUUCCAAUAUGGAGUCAUGGCAAGUUACUUCUGGCUGCUGGUGGAGGGCCUCUACCUUCACGCUCUGUUGGCAGUCUCCUUCUUCUCAGAGAGGAAGUACUUUUGGUGGUACAUUUUGAUUGGCUGGGGGGCUCCAACCAUCUUCAUCUCUGCUUGGGUGGUUACAAAAGCGUAUUUAAAUCCUCCUGGAUGCUGGGAAACAAUCGAUGACGCGUCAUGGUGGAUCAUCAAAACGCCCAUCUUAGUCGCCAUUCUUAUGAACGUUUUCCUCUUCAUUUGCAUAAUCCGGAUUCUGCGGCAGAAAAUGAACUGUCCCGACAUCGGAAGGAAGGAGUCCAACCAGUACUCGAGACUGGCUAAAUCCACCCUGUUAUUAAUCCCUCUGUUUGGGAUAAACUACAUAAUAUUUGCCUUCAUCCCUGACCACAUCCACCAGAAGGUCAGGAUGGUGUUUGAUCUGGUUCUGGGAUCAUUUCAGGGCUUCGUCGUCGCGGUGCUGUACUGCUUCCUGAACGGAGAGGUGCAGUCCGAGGUCAAGCGCAAGUGGCGCAGGUGGAUGCUGCAGCGGUUCCUCGGCGCCGACACCAAGUACCAGCAGCCGUCCAUCGGGAGCAACGGCAACAAUUUCAGCACCCAGAUCAGCCUGCUGACCAAAUGCAGCCCCACCACGCGGCGGGCUUCGGCCUGCCAGGAGCACCUUUCUGCGAUCUGACCCCCUUCUGGUUUUUAUUACCGGUUAACGAAUGUGUGACUCACACGUACUUGCUGCCAUACACUGGGUGUACAGAGGCCACGAUAAUCCUGACAUGGAUUUUCUUUCUUGUUUUUGUUGUUGUUGUUUUUGUUGUAACCUUCUAUGCUGGCGACGAAAAGCAACAGGUGCUCAGUGUUUUUGCUCGCCAGAGCACAAAGUCAUCUGACACCUUCGACAACACUUUCUCAUUAAUGAAAUGUAAAGAAGGCAUGCGCCUUUUCGUUUUUACUUUUCUUUUUUUACAGAUUAUAUAGCAUCAGCUACGAUCACAGAGAGAGAUUUCAUUGAACGUAAUCAGUGAAAGGAAGAAGGAUGUCCCUUUCUUACUUCAGAAUAAAAGCCUCAAACAUUUAAACCUAGGAACAAGACUGUACAUAACAAGAAUAAUUACAAAGAGUUCUGAACCAAAAAAGAACUGAGAUUCAAGCCGACUCCUUGCCUUUGCUUGACAAGCAACUUUAGACCUAUUCUGUAGCGGCGCUCAGAUCACCUUUUUGUCCAGACAGAAUAACUUUCUCAGAGGAAUACAACACAGAGCAUGUUUGAGCCAGCAUGUGACUCAUUACACACUAGCUGUGAAGGAGUGGAUGCAGAGGCUGAAACAAGUGGUGACAAGAAUAAUGAUCCUCUCUUGAACUUAAAAGUGGCAGAAAUCUCCUAUUCUGUGUGGAUUGAUUUGGUUGAUUUACGAGCAUUUCCAGCUCUCAUGGAAGCUGUUUUUGGCUGCUAACGCCCGAGUUUCCAGCACAGCUCACAUGCAGAUGACAUACAGAUCUACCGUCAUGCACGUUGAACACUUGACAUGCAUAAUCAGAGAGGGUCCUGUUUUCAUUACUCAUAGCAUUUUAAUAUUGCCCGCUCGUUCAUUCAUAGCUUGGAUCAUGUUUAAUGUGGUAUAAACAGGUUCUGAUCAAUCGGAAACAAGUGUCAUCGCACUUGGUUAUUUACCUGUAAAUGUCUGCCUUUGAGUAUAAUCACAUUAUAUCCCAGGUUCAGCAUGUGAAGGAGUCAUCCUGAACUCACCUUUAAGCUAACAGAGGAGCAACGUAAGCUACCCUCUGGUAAAACGUCAACGCAGAAGGAUAAGUUGAACUGGACCAAACAAUUGUAAAGGAUAAAAUCUAGUCAGUCUCAAACAGGAGCCAUCGCAGGCUAGUGGUUACAUGACUAUUAGGUGUCUGCAGUACUCUACUAACUACCCACCAAGGCGGCGAAACACCAAAUUGUCACUCUGUUCAGAAUCGGUCAAUAAUCGCACAGUGGGUAAGAAGUGUUUUGCUUCGAGUGAGAUUUAAAUGACUGACACGAGAAAGAGGAGAAACAGCUAAGUAUCACUCCAAAAGUGUGAGAGUUGGAAAAAAGGCCAAGCAAAGAAGCAAGCCUGAACUCAAUGCUUACAACAGCAACACUGGCUACGGCGUAGCAACAUGCUAACUCAGGCAGGGACACCUUCCUUGCUUGACUGCGUUCAAAAGGAACUUAAUUAUCGUUUGCUGACUGAUCGACCAAGGAGAAGCAAGAGGACAGGUUUUGUUGCAAAGGGGACAAAAUGUGUGGAGGUCGGUGAUAGGACUGAUCCGACCAGGCGUCCAUAGCACAGCUUGCGUACUGAACGUCCCUAUCCUGUCUGUGACAGUUUUAUAUGGACCAUACACUCGGCUGAAUUACUGCCGGAUAACAUUCCAGGGGAGAGAUGGAAGCUCCGGCUUGUGAAACAUUGCUCAGAUAACAGAGGCCUUUAGUUUCCUCACGAUGGACGGAGCAGAUGUGGAACAUCAGCGAAUGCUGAAGGCGUCUUCAGUUAUCUGGACUGCAUGGAUAAACUGCUCAGUUGUGGGGUUUUUUUUGUUAAUAUUCCGUACUGUUGUUACCAUUUGUUUCCACAGACAGUUGUGUAUGUUGACAUUGACAAGAUAAAUUGCCCUGUUUUUUUCUCAUCUGUUCAUUGUUUCCGAAGGAUGAAUCUUUUCAUAUAAAAAGAUGAAAAUGUUUCCCUCAUCUUCAUUAUAAUUCCAUUAAGGCUCCCUUGUGAGUUUAUUUAAUUUAGUUUUUUUCUUUUUAUUAUUUUAGGUCAGGUUUCUAAACAGCUCUUUUGCAAAGGUUUUACAAAUAGACAUCUGAAAAGUGGAAAACAUUCAUCGUGAUUGCAGCUUCAAGUCGAAUUCAGCAGAUAGAUGCCAAUUUUUCUCUCCCUAUACUAAUUUGUAAAUAACUCCAAUUAGAGUGGAUGCACAGCGUCCGUGAACUAAUGUUUUUUUUUUUUUUACGAAUUUUAAGUCGGAAAUGUUUGUAAAAAAAAAGUUUUGACUUUAAAACCCUAAACCAUGAUGUCUGCUGUGUUCGUUAUCUUCAACACUGAAAAAAGAAAACAGCUGAUCCAAUUUUUAAAAAAAAUCAUUAAGUUUACCCAACUAAAUAUGUUAGAUUCAUGAAGUUGUCAUGUUUAACAAAUGUAAAUGAAUUAGGUUUAAAUUUAAUUUGAUUAUAUGUAACAAAUUAACUCAAUUUUCUUUUUUCAUUCUCUUUUUUCAGCUUACCAGACAUCUGAACAGAACUGCCGGAUAAAUUAACUCUAUUUCCUAAGUAAAACAUUUCAAAAGGGAAUUGCAUGCUAAUUUUGAUCGUCUACAGCACAAUGGGCGUAAGCUACAUUCACGUGGUUGUAACACGGUGAGAUGUGAACAAAAAUAAAGAGGUGUGGAUGUUUUUUGUGAAGUGCCUGAGCCCAAGAAACAACUAAAACUGAAACUAUCAGAGUUGCGGAAAUGGGAGCUGCAGCGUGAAGCACUGACCUUCUGACUUAGCUCAUUUUUGCCCCAUAAAACUUUAGCAAUAGCAUGCUAACCGAUGUUAGCAUGCUGUAGGACCUGGACACUUCCUGUAGGCUAACCCAGCUACAAAUACUGAUGAGCUGCUCCACGUUUGCUCCAAACGUUUCAUCUUUAAUGUGUACAUAUCAUGUUGGGAGAAACGUGACCUUUCUCCUGCUGGCUAAGCUGGAAAACUGAGCUAACCAUGCACCUUGAACUCAACGUCACAGAGAGCUCUCGUUGUGUAUAUACUGCUCUGCUGUAAAUAUGCAAACAUAACUGUUUUACGACGCAGUUUACGAUCAUGCUUCGUACUCAGGUGUCAGCUGGAAAUCAAUGUUUACUUUAAAACUGCGUUUCCCACUUGUGCUAUUUGCAUCAUGUCUGUAAAGAUGACAACGUCUCUUUGUUUUGUUGUUAGAGGAAGUGAUUUGUUUUGUUUGUUUCUUUUUUUCUGUGGUGUAGAAUUUAAGGUUGUUACUGAACAAAUGAUGAAUAUAAACAUUUGCACUGUG